UGCCUGACACGGACCUCAUUCCGUCGUGGCGUCUGCAAGCAGCUGUAGGGCUUCUCACGGGUUCCCUUCCCUCUCUUCGCCAGCUGAUGGAUCCCAAGAGGCUUCUCUCCUUGAACCUCCUGCUGUUUCUCUCCCUGGCUUUUGAGCUGAGCUGUGGAACAGGUGAGAGUUUGCUGAACUGCCCAAAGAUGCCUGGGCAGUUGGGAAGCAGUGUACUGCUGCCCUUGGCAUCCGGAGGCAUAAGUAAGAGCGUGAACAAGAGCGUCCACGUCCUUGUCACCAGAGCAGAAUCACCAGGAAACAGUGUCAAGAAGAAAAUAGUUUCCCUGGAUCUGCCUGAAGGGGGGUCUCCGCGCUAUCUGGAAAAUGGCUAUACCUUUCAUCUGGAAAACCUGAGUCUGGGGAUCCUGGAAAGCAAGAAGGAAAAUGAGGGCUGGUACUUCAUGACCCUGGAGGAGAACUUUUCAGUUCGACAUUUUUGUCUGCAGCUGAAGCUCUAUGAGCAGGUCUCCACUCCGGAAAUUAAGGUGUUGAACUUGACCCGGGGGAAUGGGAACUGCAGCUUGACACUGGCCUGUGACGUGGAGAAGGGGGACUAUGUGGUUUACAACUGGAGUGAGGAAGUGGCUACUGACCCACUGACCCCAGCCAACAACAGUACUCACCUCCUGCAUCUCAACCUUGGCCCUCAGAAUGUCAACAAUGUCUACAUCUGCACUGUGAGCAACCCCAUCAGCAGCCGCUCACGGACCUUCACCCCGAAGUCCCAGUGCAGACUAGAAUCUUUCGAAUCAACACAAUGGGGACUUUAUGCUGGGCUGUUCAUAGGGGGCAUUGUUGGUGUCAUCUUGAUUCUCGAGGUGGUAAUAUUGCUGUUGAGAAGAAGAGGUAAAGCAAAUCAAUACCAGCCAACAAUGGAAGCAAAAAGCCUUACUAUUUAUGCCCAAGUCCAGAAAUCAGGGUCUGUUCAGAAGAAACCCGAUCCCCUGCCAGCUCAGGACCCCUGCACCACCAUUUACGUCGCUGCUGCAGAACCUGUCCCAGACCCUGUCCAGGAAUCAAAUUCCAUGACAGUCUAUGCCAGUGUGACACUUCCUGAGAGCUGACACCACAGACUCAGCGAAGGGACUUUCUGAAGGAAUCUGGAGGGACCACAAAAAACACUGAACUUGGCUCCAGGUCCCAAGCUCCCCGUGACUCUCGGCACACCUGUACUCUUCUCAGAUCGACUCCUCGGUGAUGCUUCGUCCGCAGCCACCUGUGGGAUGGACAAGGGACGGAGGCUUU